GACUUGGAUUUGAAGUAGUUUUUACACGAUGUUGUGUAGUGCCUCGCAUCGCUCCAGGUCCCAUUUUAACUAGUCCUGAACGCAUUGGAAAAAUCAUUAUUGUCAACCGUCUUUAAUGAACAUUGUUGCCUCAAGAAGUGAAAUUCAGCACAUCCAAAUCUUAAUUCGUGUACCUCUGAAAGACGUAAAUCUAUAAUGUUUGCCAUAAAAGUUUAAGAUUACUAUUUAACUGACGGGUUGAAAUGCACAAUUCAUCUUCAAAUAAUCGGAAACCCAUACGUGUAUGGGUCGAUGGAUGUUUCGACCUAGUUCAUUUUGGACAUGCCAAUGCUCUUCGUCAGGCUAAAUCGCUCGGUGAUCAACUUAUUGUUGGAAUUCACUCUGACAAAGAAAUCACUAAACAUAAAGGACCACCAGUUUUCUAUGAAAAAGAACGUUAUCGGUUGAUCAGAGCUAUGAAAUGGGUCGAUGAAGUAGUAGAAGAUGCACCAUACUUUACCUAUGUGAAAACGUUAGAAAAAUAUUCUUGUGAUUUUUGUGUACAUGGAGAUGAUCUGGUGGUAUCCAACGAUGGAUCAGAUCCUUAUGCAGAAGUUAAAGCAACUAAUCGAUACAAAGAAGUUAAACGAACUGAGGGUAUAUCUACUACAGCUUUAGUGUCAAGAAUGUUAAAACGUAUACAACAAUUACAAGAUCAAGGUACUUAUGCAUCGCAGUUUAGUUCAAGUACAGAGUGUUCAAUUCGACGAACACAAUCAUUAGAUUCUGUAUUAAAAAGUAAAGAUAAGUUUAUGCACCCUUGUAAGACGAAGGAAACAUUAUCACCCAUAUAUCCGGGCCUAAAUUCAAAUUGUUCUAAAGCUAAUGAUGUGACAGAUUCAAUUAAUGUUUCAAUUUGGUCUACUGGUGGUAUGACAUAUAUGCCGAAUAUCUUACGUAUAAGUCAAUUUUGUUCUGGUCAAUUUCGUGAACCUAAUAGUAAUGACAUUGUGGUAUAUGUACCGGGUACAUUUGACCUAUUCCACAUUGGUCAUUUGUCAUUCCUGGAACAGUGUUUAAAACUUGGGAAUUAUCUGUUGGUUGGAUUAUACUCGGAUAAAACGUCAUCAUUUGAAAGUGGUCGAAUGGGCUCAAUUCUCACACUUCAAGAACGACUUUUAUCUGUACUGGCCUGUCGAUACGUGAGCAAUGUAAUUAUUGAUGCACCGUAUGUAAUACCUCCCAAUCUUUUGGAUCAUUUCAAUGUAAAUUAUGUUGCAAUAGGUUGGGAUAAAAAUCUUACACCAACAUUAGAAGGCUUAGAUCCGAUGAUGGUUUGUAAAGAACGAGGUAUUCUUCGUAGAAUCGAUAGUGGAUGCAAUGUUACAACUUCACUUGUUAUAUCCCGUAUUAUGAAAAAUAGACUUCUUUACGAAGAACGAAAUCAGAAAAAAGUGAAUAAAGAAGUCCAGUUGGCGAGUAAAUUUUUGACAAGUAGUUAACUAGAUUGUUUUUUUUAAAUUGUCAAACUAAAAACACAACAAUUAAUUACUGACUUCUCGUGUUUGUUUUUUUGUCAACACUACUUAUUCGUUUGUUUUCGUCACCUUUCUUGUCUUCAUUUACUUAAAAUUAUUUUUAUUUGAUAAAAAAAAAGAAAAGAAUGUGUCUUCUCUCUCUGUCUCUCAUUCUGUCAUCUCACUUUUACGUGAGAACAAUAAGACAGUGAAUAUGAAUAUAAUGGAAAUCCUAUUGAUUGUAAAUUAAUCUGUCUAUUAAUCUAUAUAUUGGUACAACAUUCUCACAUCGUUUUUUAUUAAUAAUUAAAAUUUCAAUAGAUGUGGAAAGUCAAUUUACAUUGGCUAAAUUAAUCUUAUUAAAUUGAUGAUAUUAUUAAUGAUUAUACUAGAAAUAAACGAAAGGAAAUAUCAA